AUGGAAGAAAUAGUUCAGCAACAACAGCUAGAAGAGCCUGAAGGAAACGAACAAGUCCUUCCUUUGGAAACUAACUUCACAGAACUAGAUGAAGAUUUGGAACAGCCGAAAAAUCUUGACCCUCAACAAGAGUAUGCGGAGAAUAUGGAAUAUUUCCAAGAGUCUAAAAAAAAUUCGGCUGACAUAGUAGAAGAAUAUCGAAAAAUGUUUGCCGACAUACAAAAGACUCCAACACCAGAUGAAAAUAUUCAGCAUAGAAUGGAAGCACUGAAAGAAAAUGUACACAAAUACAACAACCCUUUUUACUUACGAGCAUUUAACGUUCAAUCUUCGGAUGAACUCGGUGAAAAUAAAAGGUUAAAUUUCAAGAAAACAUAUAGAAAUGAAACAUUGUUUAAAGUUCAUUCAGAACCUAACCAAGAUGGAAACAAACCUACUUUUGUUUCUGCAGACGAUGGAACUACAAUGAGAUGGGGUCAUAAAGCUAAUCCGGAUAGGUGGUUCAUAAACUUACAACCACAAUUCCAAGAAGUUGUAGACGCAAUGGAAGUCAAUGGUGAACCAGAUAUAGCUGGUAUUUUCAGCGCGGCUUUAAUGCCAUUGAAAGAUAUGAAAGAUGCAGAUAUUUUGGACCAGUAUGAAAUGAACAUGGCUGAUGGAAAUAUAACACCUGACGUUCUAGAACAUUUAUCUCAAAGAACUACACAGAACCAUAAAGAUGGUAUAUUUGGUGAAGAGUUUAGAAAGAAAGUUAGGGAGAGAGAAGGAAGAGAACCUAUUGUACAUGACCUUGCAAACGAAAGUUUACAAAAUGUCAUAAAAACUUACUUUGCAGACGAUGAAUCGAGAAGGGAUGAAUAUUUAAGAAAACUCAAAUGGACAGUACCAAAUGAAAUGUUAGUAUUGAAAAACAUGUUCCUUGACAAAAUAAAACCAACUACAGAAAUAAACGACGCAAGACUGAAAGAUUGGGUAAAAGCUUUCCCAU